AUGGUAGUGCAAGUACUCUGUGUCGCUGAAAAGCCUUCGAUUGCCAAAGCAGUAGCACUUCAUCUUGGCGGCGGCCAGGUGCAGACGCACUCCAUCGCUGGCAAUGUCUACACCAAGAWCUAUGAGUUUCAGUACACCUUCCCGCGCUGGGGAGCUUGCAAUGUCACCAUGACCUCCGUAGCCGGCCAUCUGAUCGAUCGCGACUUUGACAGCAACCACCGUCGCUGGCAUUCCUGCGAUCCGUCUGCGCUCUUCGAAGCACGCAUUGAGUCUUAUGUCAACAAUGACAGGAAACCAAUCGCAAAGAACAUCGAGACCAAAGCCCGGCAUGCACAGUACCUCUACAUCUGGACCGAUUGCGAUCGUGAAGGCKAACACAUUGGAACGGAAAUUCGCGAAGUUGCAUGCAGGUUCAAUGCUCGUCUGAGAGAACCUGACAAGACUGUACGCGCGCGCUUCUCCAACAUCGAGCGCGCACAUGUGAUCAACGCAGCUCGCAAUCCCGUCCCUCUUGACGAAGCCCAAGCCAAUGCCGUCGAGUCGAGAAUUGAGCUCGAUCUUCGUAUUGGGGCGUCUUUCACUAGAAGUCUGACUUUUGCCAUUAAGCAUCUGAUACCCGGCAGAGAGUCUGUGAUAAGCUAUGGAAGCUGUCAAUUCCCAACGCUUGGUUUCAUCGUAGAACGCUACUUUCGUGUCAAGAACUUCCUACCUGAGACCUUCUGGGCUAUCAAGGUCAUGCAUGAAAAGGACGGAGUGCAAGUGAGGUUUAACUGGUCUCGAGGGCACUUAUUCGAUCGCAUGAUCGCUGUCAUCCUCUUUGAACGAUGCAUUACCGCGCGUACUGCAAAGGUGACCAAGGUUCAGACCAAGUUGACUAGUAAAUGGAGACCUCUACCGCUCACAACAGUUGAGCUUCAGAAAUGUGGCAGCAGGUUCCUGCGCAUGGACAGUCAAAGAGUCAUGCAGCUCGCAGAGGGUCUUUACCAAAAAGGCUUCAUCAGUUACCCACGUACUGAGACUGACCAAUUCGACGACGGGAUGAACCUGCAGACCAUCGUCCAGAAGCAAGUGCAGAGCCCGGCAUGGGGAGGCUAUGCGCAAAGACUACAGGAUGGAGAAUUCCUCUGGCCACGAAUGGGUCGCAAUAACGACAAGGCACAUCCUCCGAUUCAUCCCGUCAACUACGCCGCUCCCAAUGUAUUGGAUGAUCAAGAACGGCGGGUCUACGAGUUUGUCGUCCGCCGUUUCUUGGCCUGUUGCAGCAAAGAUGCUCAAGGCUCCAAGACGGACAUCAGCAUUCUUUAUGGUCCCGAGACUUUCAACACCUCUGGCUUGACCGUGCUCGAGCGCAACUAUCUCGACGUCUAUCCAUACGAUAAAUGGACGAGCAGUCAAGAGUUGCCACGGUUCACUGAAGGAGAGGUUUUCGUGCCUACCGAAGSUCGCAUGCACGAGGGCCAGACAAGCCCGCCCGGAUACCUGACCGAGCCUGAGCUGAUUUCCCUGAUGGAUGCGAAUGGUAUUGGUACGGACGCGACUAUGGCAGAGCACAUCGCCACAAUCAAGACACGGGAGUACACCAUGACAAGACCGCGUGGAAGAGCUCCUCAGCAGGCAGAUCAAGAAGGACAACACUCUGAUGACGAUGCGGAGCCCGCUGAAGAGCCCGCCGGUCGUGGUCGGGGUAAUCGGGGCCGUGGCGGAAGAGGACGAGGUCGUGGUGCACGUGGUGGGCGUGGCGGAGCAAACAAUGGAGGAGGCGGAGCUGGUGGCAAUGGAGGAGUUCAAGAGUUCAUUCCAACCACCCUUGGAUGCGCCUUGAUUGAAGGGUACGACAGCAUGGGCUUUGAAGUCAGCUUGUCGAAGCCGUUUCUACGCAAAGAGAUGGAGCUUAAGAUGAAAGCAAUCUGUGAAGGGCGCAAGACCCGUCGUGAGGUCGUCCAAGAGACCAUUGAGCAGUACCGCAAUGUGUACAUGCGAACCCAACAGCGGCUUCCGCUGCUUCACGCUGCUAUUGUCAAGUAUCAUCCUAGAUAG